CGCAUGCUCCCUGGCGGCCCCGGCCCCGCGGUGUGGCGCCGGCGCGGGCCUCGUCGGGCCGCGGAGUCCCGGCCGGCCUGCGGGCAUGGCGGCAAGCCUGUGGAUGGGCGACCUGGAGCCCUACAUGGAUGAGAAUUUCAUCUCCAGAGCCUUUGCCACCAUGGGGGAGACGGUGAUGAGCGUCAAAAUUAUCCGAAACCGCCUCACUGGAAUCCCAGCUGGCUACUGUUUUGUAGAAUUUGCAGAUUUGGCCACAGCUGAGAAGUGUUUGCAUAAAAUUAAUGGGAAACCCCUUCCGGGAGCCACACCUGCAAAACGUUUUAAGCUGAAUUAUGCCACUUAUGGGAAACAACCAGAUAACAGCCCUGAGUACUCCCUCUUUGUGGGGGACCUGACCCCAGAUGUGGAUGAUGGCAUGCUGUAUGAAUUCUUCGUCAAAGUCUACCCCUCCUGUCGAGGAGGCAAGGUGGUUUUGGACCAGACAGGCGUGUCUAAGGGCUAUGGUUUUGUGAAAUUCACAGAUGAACUGGAACAGAAGCGAGCUCUGACUGAAUGCCAGGGAGCGGUCGGCCUGGGGUCUAAACCAGUGCGGCUGAGCGUGGCAAUCCCCAAAGCGAGCCGUGUGAAGCCAGUGGAGUAUAGUCAGAUGUACAGUUACAGCUACAACCAGUAUUACCAGCAGUACCAGAAUUACUACGCCCAAUGGGGUUAUGACCAGAACACAGGCAGCUACAGCUACAGCUACCCCCAGUAUGGCUACACCCAGAGCACCAUGCAGACAUACGAAGAAGUUGGGGAUGAUGCGUUGGAAGAUCCCAUGCCGCAGUUGGAUGUGACAGAGGCCAACAAGGAGUUCAUGGAGCAGAGUGAGGAGCUAUAUGAUGCCCUUAUGGAUUGUCACUGGCAGCCCCUCGACAGCGUAUCUUCAGAAAUCCCUGCCAUGAUGUAGUCAGGACAGAGGACAAGCCGAAAUGGAUGGACUGUGUGAAGGAGAUGAGAGACUCCUUUUUAACAGUAAUAUUGGAAGAACUUUUACCCUUCUGGAAAUGUUUUGUAAGAUUUUAGUAAUCAACUCUUCUGAGAUUGACAUUCCUGCAACACCGCUGCCUUCAUUUGCCCAUCAGCCUUCCCAGUUUGAAAACCAGGGUGCACUGUUGAGCAAGGUUCUAAUUGUAUUUAAACAACUUCCCAGGCUGAGUUAUCUAUACUCUCUUGGAGAUAAAGGAGAGUUUGGGGUUAUUAAUAAAAGUGGAUUCGGAUUUUUUUUUUUUUAACCCAGAGCUCCCCCCCCGCCAAGUUUGCAGGCUAGAUUUCCAGCUGGGAAGGAAGUUGCAUGGAACCAGCUAAAUCUAGACUAGAAGGCUUUAGACUUAGGGGCACGCUCCCAGAGCAACUCAGACAAACCCAUGUUGAGGGUCUUAAUUGUGACCUCUGUGUACCUGGCUCACCUGUUUCUUGACCUUAAUUUCAUUUGAUGGGUAUGAAUUUCUCCAGUACCCAUGUGGAAAAUCAGAACUUCCCUACUUCUGUGCAACAGGAAAUUGUAUAUCGGGGAAGGGCCACAACAAGGGCAACUUAAGAUAAAUAGCUUAAGUCAGAAAAAGCCUUCAGAUGUUUUAGGGGACAUGUCUUAGGCUCUGCCUGAAUUUUCAGGCCUAUUAAAGGAUAUAUUAUAUACGAUGGCA